AUGUCUCCCAAAUACUUGCUACUAUUGUUGCUUGGGGUGGUGCUUCUCACCACUCACUCUCUUGCUGAUCACCACAAACCUCCCCACAAACCACCACACCACCCUCCUACAGCGGAGGAGCUCUCCCAGGAAGAAACGGCAUCAACCUUGGAUGGCAAAGGCAACAAGGGACACAAGCCGCCACACCACCCUCCUGCACUCGACGAGUCUCUUGAUGAGAAAAAGCCAUACCCAGAACACAAGCCACCGCAUGGGCAUUUCCCACGACACCCUCCAGCAGAGGAAGCUAAAGACUCGCACAAACCACCCCAGCAUGGUGGCCACAAGCCACCGCACAAACCUCCUACGGCCAACUGA